GCGGCGGGCUAGCAGAGACGGCCGUGGCAGCGGAAGGUUCUCUCUCCGGGGCUGGACUUAAUAACUUUGGAACUGUCCGCCGGUGUCACGUCCUGAACAUGAGCCUCCUCCUCUCCUUCUACCUGCUCGGGUUGCUUGUCAGUAGCGGGCAAGCUCUUCUUCAAGUGACAAUUUCACUUAGCAAAGUAGAGCUUAGUGUGGGUGAAUCUAAAUUCUUCACAUGUACAGCCAUUGGUGAGCCUGAGAGUAUAGAUUGGUAUAAUCCCCAAGGAGAGAAGAUCAUUUCCACACAGAGGGUGAUGGUCCAGAAGGAAGGCGUCAGGUCACGACUAACCAUUUAUAAUGCAAACAUAGAAGAUGCAGGGAUUUAUCGCUGCCAAGCGACGGAUGACAAAGGACAGACACAAGAAGCUACAGUAGUUCUGGAAAUUUACCAGAAACUCACCUUCAGAGAAGUGGUAUCCCCUCAAGAGUUCAAGCAAGGGGAGGACGCUGAAGUGGUCUGCAGGGUUAGCAGCUCACCUGCCCCUGCUGUCAGCUGGUUGUAUCACAAUGAGGAAGUCACCACCAUUCCCGACAAUCGGUUUGCUGUGCUUGCAAACAAUAACUUGCAGAUUCUCAACAUCAAUAAAAGUGAUGAAGGUAUAUACAGAUGUGAAGGAAGAGUGGAGGCAAGGGGAGAGAUUGACUUCCGGGAUAUCAUUGUUAUUGUCAAUGUUCCACCAGUCAUUGUGAUGCCCCAAAAGUCCUUCAAUGCUACCGCAGAGAGAGGAGAAGAGAUGACAUUCACCUGCAGGGCCUCAGGCUCUCCAGAUCCUACCAUCUCUUGGUUUCGGAAUGGCAAACUCAUUGAAGAAAAUGAAAAAUACAUUUUAAAAGGCAGUAAUACAGAGCUGACGGUCAGAAAUAUAAUCAACAAAGAUGGUGGGUCUUAUGUCUGCAAAGCCACAAAUAAGGCAGGAGAAGAUGAAAAGCAGGCUUUCCUUCAAGUCUUUGUACAGCCGCAUAUAUUACAACUUCAGAAUGAGACGACAUCUGAGAAUGGCCAUGUCACACUCAUCUGUGAGGCGGAAGGCGAGCCCAUUCCAGAAAUCACCUGGAAACGAGCAGCGGAUGGAGCCACAUUUUCUGAAGGUGAUAAGAGCCCAGAUGGCCGAAUCGAAGUGAAAGGGCAGCGGGGGCAUUCGUCACUGCACAUCAGAGAUGUGAAAUUAUCGGACUCAGGGAGAUAUGAUUGUGAGGCUGCAAGUAGGAUCGGUGGGCACCAGAGAAGCAUGCACCUUGACAUUGAAUAUGCUCCUAAGUUUGUUUCAAAUCAGACAAUGUACUACUCUUGGGAAGGAAAUCCAAUCAAUAUAAGUUGCGAUGUGACAUCAAAUCCACCUGCAUCAAUCCAUUGGAGAAGAGAGAAAUUGGUCUUACCAGCUAAAAAUACCACUCAUUUAAAGACAUACAGUGUCGGGAGAAAGAUGAUACUAGAGAUUGCCCCUACAUCAGAAAAUGACUUUGGACGAUAUAACUGCACUGCUACUAACCGUAUAGGAACAAGGUUUCAGGAGUAUAUUCUUGAGUUAGCAGAUGUACCCUCUAGUCCUCAUGGAGUGAAGAUUGUAGACCUGUCUCAGACUACAGCCAAGAUCUUGUUCAACAAACCUGACUCCCACGGAGGUGUGCCUAUUCAUCACUAUCAAGUGGAUGUCAAAGAAGUGGCAUCAGAAACCUGGAAAAUAGUACGCUCCCAUGGAGUUCAAACAAUGGUUGUUUUGAGCAGCCUGGAACCAAAUACAACUUAUGAAAUCAGGGUUGCAGCAGUAAAUGGAAAAGGACAAGGGGACUACAGUAAAAUAGAAAUAUUCCAGACACUGCCAGUCCGUGAGCCAAGUCCCCCUUCCAUACAUGGACAGCCAAGCAGUGGGAAGAGUUUUAAAAUCAGCAUCACAAAACAGGAUGACGGAGGGGCUCCUAUUUUAGAAUACAUAGUGAAAUACAGAAGUAAAGACAAGGAAGACCAGUGGCUGGAGAAGAAGGUGCAGGGGAAUAAAGAUCACAUUAUUCUGGAACAUCUGCAGUGGACGAUGGGCUACGAAGUGCAAAUCACAGCUGCCAACAGAUUGGGGUAUUCUGAGCCCACUGUAUAUGAGUUCAGCAUGCCUCCAAAGCCCAACAUUAUUAAAGACACACUUUUUAAUGGUCUUGGGCUAGGAGCCAUUAUUGGCCUUGGAGUCGCUGCCCUCUUGCUAAUCCUUGUGAUAACAGAUGUCAGCUGCUUCUUCAUUCGACAAUGUGGGUUACUAAUGUGCAUCACUAGGAGAAUGUGUGGGAAGAAAAGUGGCUCGAGUGGAAAAAGUAAAGAACUGGAAGAAGGAAAGGCGGCAUACCUGAAAGAUGGGUCAAAAGAACCAAUAGUGGAAAUGAGAACAGAGGAUGAAAGAAUCACUAAUCAUGAAGAUGGGAGUCCAGUGAAUGAGCCAAAUGAAACCACACCAUUAACAGAACCCGAAAAAUUGCCUUUAAAAGAAGACAAUGGAAAAGAAGUCCUAAAUGCAGAAACUAUAGAUAUUAAAGUGUCUAAUGACAUCAUCCAGUCGAAGGAAGAUGAUAGCAAAGCAUAACCACAAGUUUCAGCGGCUUGGUUAGCACCGCAAGGAGCAAUUGGAUUGCCAUGACACUUUGACCAAAACUAUUCUAUUGACCUUAAUUUCUUGGGAACCGUCUAGCUUGGAAUAGCUUGUACACAUAUACAUAUGAUCAACCCCUCCUGUCACAGUUCAUUUCCUUCUGUUAUUGCUGUUGUGGUUGUUUGUUUUGUUAAGUAUUUCAGUAUAAAGUCUUGAUUGGCACCAGUUUUGGGUAUUUGUUUAAUUCUAUGACUGAAGUAUUACAAUUUAUUAUAUGGCUAAAGGGCUUUUCUUUUAAAAUUUUUGUUUCAUGUAACACCAACAGAUGUAUUUCAGCUCUCAAAAACAUUAGGUUGUGAUAGAAGGCAAAGUAAAAUCAUUCUGAAAUAAAUGUGUACAAAAGCCCUGCAUGUUGAUGAAUCUUAUCUUGGGCAAACACACUAUUAAAAUGGAUUUCAGUUUAAGAUGAAGUCACAUAACAAAGGUUAUACUUUUUAUCAAGAAAAUUUCGGGGAACCCAGGCUGGAAGGAGCAAGUCAAUUAUCUUUUGCAGAUGUUAGAAAUUGGAAAACUGUUAGAGAACUCGUUUCAACUUAUGACCACAUUGCAUUUUUGACAUUGAUCUUCGAUACAGUGAUACCAGGUUUAAACUUGUUACACAUCUGAAAGAUUAGUUGUGUGUAAAAUUAGAUUAGAAAAACUCCCUAAAUCUCUUUUUAUGUAUACCAUAUUCACUCACAGUGGAUUACACAAAAAGUAAAUGUAUUACAAGUAAAAAUGGUAUUGAUUUCUGCCCUCAGCUUCAAAUAAAGUGAAUUUAAAUGGGAAAA